AUGUCGAAAAAUGAUUUGAAAAAAAUCAAUGAGAAAAUCAAUUCACAAAUCGAGGCAGAUUCGAAAAAUAAUCCGAGUUUCUGGGAUGAUUUCGAUAAAGAUCCAGACAAAUAUAAACAACCAACCGGGUUUAAGACGAAAGCUAAAAAAUAUUUCAAAAGGUUAUGGCCUUUUUCGAACGGGAAUAGUGAAGAACAACUGAAAAGAGAAGAACUGAUCCGAUCGGAAGCUCGUCGACAGUAUGAAAAUAUCCGAAAAAAUCGAUUAGAAUUGGACAAAAUAUCAACAGGGCAGGAAAGUUCGAUUGAAGAAAUAAAGGACGAUCCAAUUUUGGCAAAAAUGAUCCCGACUUUGAAUCAAGAACAUCUCGAUGUUUAUCGUGAAACAAUAAAAAAUACAGACUUUCCUGAAUCCGGAAAUGAGGAUCAGCUGAAAGAAUGGUCGAAAAACUUUAUAGACACAAGGAAUAAAUUUCGAAAUGAAUUUGACAAAAAGUUUGAAAUGACANUGGGAGGGACUACAAUUGAAGAAUCUGAUAAAGGAUCAAGAAAAAAUGGGAAUUGGUUAAGAAGCUCAACGCAUGGAUCGAAAAAAACAGAAGAUGAACCAACGAAGAUCCUAAGAAGUGAUUCAUACAAAGAUAAAAAGGCACAAACACCGGCCAGCAUGAUAAGGACAGAAUCAACAUCGAAACCAGCCGAAAAAAAUCAAAAUGCAUUUGACAAACAACUGAGGGAAUUAGAUGGAAAAAUAGAAAAAGCAUACGACGAAAUGGAAAUUGAUAUUGUCAACAAAGAGACAAGAAUUUGUGAUCAAAUUAUGCAAUUUGGAGGAACCAGAAAUAACACGGAAAAAGCGAUUAUAAAUGAAAUUAAGAAUUCUGGUUUUGGAGAAAAGUUUAAAAAAUUUUUCAGAUCAAAAGAGAAAAAAGUAAAUCAAUCCGACUUAUAUUCAUUAGAAUAUCGUAUUAGACCAAUAUUAACCAAUGAAGAAAUGGACGUUAUAAAACAAGCGAUCGAUGAAAGUUCGGUAAAAAAAGUAUACAGAACUUCAGUUCUUCAAAAAAUGUUGGAUCUCCAGAAUCAGGCUCAGAAUGAUUUAUCCAAAACAAAAGAGGCAAUACUAUUUAGAGAUGAUUAUGUCAAACCUUUAAUGGGUGAAUUGUUGCGAGAAAAUAAUCGAACCAUUAAAAAAUCAGAAAAUAAACAAUAUCGAGAAUAUAUACUUAACGAAAUUGAAGAAAUCGAGCGAUCUAUACCUAUUACAGAAAACGACCUUAAUACUUUAAGAGGAUUCAUUGAAAUAUUUAAAAAAAGAUUAGAUGAUGAAGAAAAUAAGUUUGAAUAUCCUUUAUCUAAAUUUAGGCGUAAGUUAGUAGAAGGUCCAAAUCCGGUUAUAAGUGCAGAACAAGAAGAUUUUCUUUACUAUGAAGCUAUGAUUAAACCAAGAAUAUACGAUAAACCAGUCGAUUAUUAUGUUUGGUAUUUCAAAGAGCUUUAUACAACUAAGGGUAAAUAUUUUUAUGAUACUGCACAUUGUCGGUUUGCCACGAUAAAUACAAAAGAGAACAAUUUGUUAUUGAAAAAUUUACUUUCGGAAGCAAUAUCUCAGUCAGCAGCACGCAAUAGAAAAAGAAGAUCAAUUUCUAAUCCAGUACCAGCCAUAUCAAUGAAUAUUGCAGAAAAUACGGCUGAACAAUCCUAUCAACAACGAUCAAUGCAUGAUAGUCAUUCAACAUCACAAUCAUCCAGUACGGAUUCGUUUAGAAAACGAAUGCAAAGAUCAGUGAAUCAAAUACUUUUACAAACAGCAGCACAAAUGUCUGAACAUCAAUUUACUGAUUAUAGUCAACAAUUUUAA